UUGGAAGACUUGGCUCCGUUCACGAGGAAAUCCAAGGGAGUUGCUUUGCUGGUAAACAAAUAGAAAUGUCGUUGUCACUUGCUUUGCUUAUACAAGAGUCAUCCUUUUGUUGUUUCUCAUUGCAAAUUGUGUGCUGCUGAUUCACUACAGAUACAGACAACAUGGAGUAUAUCAAGCUGAGAUUAGAACAGGUGAAAGUUGUUGCCGUAACUUGUUUGGGAAUCACUAGUCCCUUGCUUACAGGGAAAAAGUUCGAUGUGUGCAUCAUGGAUGAAGCCGGGCAGAUCACUCUCCCGAUAUCACUUGGACCUUUGAUGUUUAGUUCGACGUUUGUUCUUGUUGGUGACCACUAUCAACUACCCCCACUUGUUCAGAGUGCAGAGGCACGAGAGAAUGGAAUGGGGAUAAGUUUAUUCUGCAAGCUGUGUGAAGCACAUCCCGAAGCAAUUUCAGCUUUGCAGAGUCAGUAUCGUAUGUCUGAAGGUAUUAUGAAACUAUCGAAUGCCUUGAUAUAUGGUGAUAGACUGCAAUGUGGCUCCUCAGAGGUAGCUAACACUAGGCUCAAGGUUUCCAGUCUCAAGUCUUGUUGUCUAUGGUUGAAGGAGGUCUUGAGUCCAGACAGGGCUGUGGUGUUUAUUAACACAGAUAUGCUACCUACGCUUGUGCCCAAAGAUUCAACGUCAUUGAAGAACCCACUUGAAGCUUACAUAGUCACUGAGGUGAUCAAAGUACUGACUAGCAGUGGGACUGAAGGCAAAGACAUUGGUAUCAUCACCCCCUACAACUCUCAGGCAAACCUUAUUAAGGCUGUUAUUAGUCCAACUUCUGUCGAAGUACACACGAUCGACAAAUAUCAGGGUAGAGAUAAGGACUGCAUAAUGGUAUCUUUCGUGAGGUCAGCCGAAAAUCCCAGGAGUUACAGUUCUUCACUACUUGGAGACUGGCAUCGGAUCAAUGUGGCAAUCACAAGAGCCAAGAAGAAGUUGAUCAUGGUGGGUUCGCGUAGAACCCUGUCAAAGAUCCCAUUGCUUAAGCUUCUGGUGGAGAAGGUCGAAGAGCAAUCCGGCAUUUUGAAUUUGAGCAGCGAUCAUAUUAGUUUGCAGGAGCUGGAAAGCUGGGAGCAGUAUCUGUAACUGAUGGGUUGUAGUUUAGCUGAUUUGAUAGACUGUAAAUAGUAAAUUUUGGUGCUCAACCCUGUAUCAUUUACUGUAGCAAGGCGACUUGCCAUCUAAUAAAUUGUGUUUAGUAUAUUUGUGUUUUUGUUGCAAUGUAAAAAAAAAUGUGAACCAAGAAGAAAAAAUAUAUAUUUAGUUGGAUAGUCCAUUGUCUAAAUUGUGGCAAUUAUUGUCCAAGAAAACCAUUACAGGUUU